CUGACAGCGAAGCAGAGAACUGGGAGAUUUUUUUUCGAGCUCCCCCUUUACAGACUUUCCAAAUUCAGUAACCGCAGAAUUGUUCGCUCAUCUGGAAAAAUUCAGCGCAAAACUGCCUUGACUUUGACUUUUUUUUAUUCUCUUGAGCUCCAUGAAUCGCGCAACGACCAAAGCAUCUCCUUCAUCUCCGUCUCUUGCGCCUCUAAUGGCCAAUGAUGCACAGGAUGAAGAAGCUGAUCUCUCUAUCCCAACCUCGACACUUAAUUGGGAACAGUUAAGGCGACAAGCGAGACAGUUGAUUAACGAAAUCGAAUUGAAACUGGCAGCGCUUUCGAAAAUUGGCGCCGAUAUUCAUAAUCAGGCCCCUACUACAACUAGAGAAGUAGCGCAACAACAAGAAACGGAAGAAUUGCUCAAAAAGUUUGAAACCGUCAUUACUUCCAUGGAAGAAUAUCUUGCCCGACCCAGUGCGACACCCACCAAUCCUUCGCUUUUACAUAUGUUGGAACGGCACAAGGACAUCUUGCAUGACUAUACCAAGGAGUUUCGGAGAGUAAAGGCCAAUAUUAAAGCAGCGCGCGAUAAGGCGGAUCUUAUUUCACAAGUGCAAGACGAGAUCAGGAUAUUCAACGCGAAUGAGAAUAGCGAGGCCGAUUAUUAUUUAUCAGAGCGUGGCCGUGUUGAAAGCUCGCAUCGGAUGACCGACAUGAUCUUGGAGCAAGCGUAUGCUACACGGCAGGAUAUUUCGCGACAAGGUCGCAUGAUUCAAGGGUUCAAUAAUCGUGUCGGCGGAGUGAUAAAUCGUAUACCAGGAAUCAAUAAUCUCAUUAGUCGCAUUAAUACCAGGAGAAAGCGGGAUACUUUGAUCAUGGCAGCGGUGAUAUCCACUGGUUGCAUUCUUAUUUUACUGUAUAUGUUGCGAACAUAAACAAGAAUUAUUUUAUUCAAGUAACGAUUGGAUGAUACAAGCGUGGUUAUGGUAUGGUUAUAUGUCAUUGCAAGGGAGAGGGGGGAUUAGACAAUAG